UGCACUCUUUCGGGCUAGGGUUUCCCCAAAUUUGUUCCCCCAUCCCCCUCUUUGAUUAUCCAAUUUCUGCUUCAGAAAAUCCCCACCUCAAUCUCUGGUUUCUUAGUACCGUUAUCACUAUCAUCGUUGAAAAAUGUUGUUUUCACCAGGCCAUUCUCCUCGUCACAUAUCAUCUCCAUCCCCUUCUUUAUCAUCUCAAAAAACCCUAUCAAAUUCUAUUGAAUCCGCAAAAUCUUCCAAGAAGCAUAAUUCUGUUCUUGAUGAGGAUACUUAUGUAGCAUCCAUAGAGAAAAUUAUUGAAAGGGAUUUCUUUCCUGAUAUACCAAAGCUUCGUGAUCGUCUUGAUUGGCUGGAAGCUUGUAGAUCUGGGGAUCCUGUUUUGAUUAAAGAUGCUCAGUUGAAGAUCAUGGAGCGGCGAUGUGGAAAAAAACCCUUAAAUUCGGAUGAUGCUCAAGGUAAUAAAACUUUUCAAACACCCCAGAAGUCGAAUUCGAGGUUAUUUUCUGUAUCUACACCAUUUGAUUUAGACAAAACACCUCAACAAUCAUAUGUUCAAUCAGAAACUAGUGAAUUAGGUGAGAAUAAUGAGUCGAUUGAUGUUUCGUUGUCUCUUGAUGAGUUUAUGCGACGUUAUACGAGCGAAGAUAAUGAUAGUUUUAAUAAAAUUAUGGAGAAAGUUAAUAGGAAGAGGAAAGAGAGAUACGGGCAUUUGAUUGAAGGUGAAAAGGUGGAAACAUUAAGUUUAGGAAAUGAAAAAAUUGCUAGGAUUACUGAUGGGUAUGGGACGUCUGAUCAACCUGUAAGUACACUAGAAGGAUGGAAAUAUACUGCAAAGAACUUGUUAAUGUAUAAUCCAUCAGACAAUGGUGAAUUUCCAUUGACGGAAGCGGAAAGAAACGAAAGGGUUAUGGGUUUGACAAAGGAAAUCAGUCGAACAAACACUCGGUUUCAUGGAAAAAUGAUGGAUUCUGGUCCAAGAGAGGAGGAUACAAUUGCAGUGAUGUAUACUCCCGUGGCUGGGGGUACCCCUGUACCUUUACCGUUUCCAGGUCGUGAAGCAGAGAAAACUAGAAGAUAUGACUUGGAAGAUUUGAGAAAAACACCUAAUCCAUUUUAUGUUGAAUCUGAGAAGAAAUCUGAAAAUGGGUAUAACUAUGUCAAAACACCUUCUCCUGCACCUGGUGUUGAUGAGUCACCAUUCAUUACUUGGGGAGAGAUAGAAGGGACACCAUUAAGAUUGGAGACUGAGGAUACACCUGUUGGGAUUGGGGGCAGUGGAAAUGGUCCACAAUUUAGUAUUCCAUGCCCACCAUCAAGGGAUUUGAAGGCCCACUCGUUAUCGAGGGAUGCUGCUCGUAAACUGAGGGAGAGAUCAAAGAUGUUUCAGAAGCCACCAUUGCCUUCACCAGCUAGUGGAGGAAGUGCGAGUCCAGGUGUUCGAACACUUUCACAUGCUGCUCAGAAAUUUGUUAGGAAUGCAAUUGCAAAAUCAUCUUCUUCGAUGGAUGAAUCACUACGUGCAAGUUAUCGUGGUUCAAGUCCGGCUGCAGUUACUCCAAAAUCUGGGAGAAGCUUGACAAGGUUAGGAACAAAUUCAAUCUUGGGUUCAAGGCCACCUUCUGUUAGAGAUGGUUCCAAUCCUGUUAGAGAUGGGUCCAAUCCUCCCUGGUAAUUUAGUUUCCUUCUUUUUUUCAUUUGGCAACUAAGAACAUGCUGUGUGUUAUGCUUAUUUUUCUAUGACUGUAUAUAUAAAGCUCUGAACUUGAGCUUCUUGUUUCUGAAUUAUGAGCUCAGAAAGGGAAAAAGACUGUUGAAGCUUAUUUUGUAUGACUGUAUACUGGCUUUUACAUUCUUCCUUUACUUUAAUAUUGUUCAUUAGGUAUCUUUAUGUGCUGCUAGAGAUUUAUCUAACCAAUCUAUUUGAAAUUUGGUAAUUUUUCA